CUUGUUCAUGCAUGCAAUGGAAUAGGAAAGGCUUUCAAGCUCGAAAUCAAAUUUUGCCCUCAAAUUGGGCGACAGAUCUUGGAUUGUAUUUUGUGUAAAUCGAUAAUACAACAAAGAUGCCUACAUACUUUCAGCGUCCCGAAAAUGCUCUCAAAAGAGCAAACGAAUUCAUCGAUGUUGGUAAAAAGCAGCCUGCAUUGGAUGCCUUGUAUGAUGUUAUCAAGAGCAAAAAACAUCGAACAUGGCAGAAAAUCCAUGAACCGAUCAUGGAGAAAUAUCUAGUGCUGUGUGUUGAUUUACGCAAGAGUCAUAUUGCAAAGGAAGGUCUUUAUCAAUACAAGAAUAUCUGUCAACAGGUUAACAUCAGAUCCCUAGAGGAUGUUGUUAGAAGUUAUUUAAGACUGGCCGAAGAAAAAACUGAACAGGCCAAGGAAGAAUCGCACCAGAAAGUUGAUGAUAUUGAUGACUUAGAUCAAAUCACAACACCAGAGAGCUUACUUCUAAGUGCUGUGAGUGGUGAGGAUACACAAGAUCGAACUGAUCGCAUACUUCUGACACCGUGGGUAAAGUUCCUAUGGGAGUCAUAUCGACAGUGUUUGGAUUUACUAAGAAAUAAUUCCAAAGUUGAAAGGCUUUAUCAAGAUAUAGCUCAACAAGCUUUCAAGUUCUGUUUGAAAUACUCCAGGAAGACGGAAUUUCGUAAACUAUGUGAAAAUCUAAGGAAUCAUCUUGGGUUGAUUACAAAAUAUCAGAACCAAGCAUCGUCUAUUAAUUUGAACAAUCCUGACAGUCAGCAGAUGCAUCUGGAAACCAGAUUAGUGCAGUUAGACAGUGCUAUCAGUAUGGAACUAUGGCAGGAAGCCUACAAAGCCAUUGAAGAUGUACAUGGGCUGAUGACGUUGUCUAAGAAAUCCCCUAAACCUCAGCUGAUGGCUAACUAUUACACCAAGCUGGGUUUAGUGUUUUGGAAAUCUGGAAAUCAUCUCUUCCAUGCAUGUGCUUUGCAUCGUUUAUUACAAUUGUCGAGAGAACAGCGGAAGAAUCUCUCGCAGGACGAGAUUCAAAAAAUGGCAUCCCGUGUGUUACUAGCUACUUUAUCUAUUCAAGUUAUCCAACCUAGAAAUGAAAUCACUACAAUCCUGGACAUGGAGGAAGCACAUAUUGAAAAACAACGUAAACUAGCCAACCUAUUAGGAUUGCAGAGUCCACCCAAUAGAUCUCAAUUAAUCAAAGAUAUGGUCAAGUACAACGUCAUCCAGCAUGUAUUGCCACAGUUAAAAGAUCUAUUUAAUUGGUUAGAAGUAGAGUUCCAUCCGUUACAGCUAAGUGAUAGAGUGACUAAAGUACUAGAAUUCAUAGAGGAAACUAACGAAUUAGAGAUGGUGCAGUAUGUGUCGGCACUGCAAAAUGUCGCUCUUACCAGAUUACUUUCACAGGUGUCUCAAGUGUACCAAACAAUUCAGUUUAGUCGUCUAUCUCAGCUGGCUCCGUUUGCUUCGGCGUUCCAUUUGGAGAAUGUUAUCGUUGAUGCAGCUAGGAGUGGUGCAUUACAGGUACAAAUAGAUCAUCGUAAUCGUUCACUUCGUUUUGGAUCUGAUCUUGGCAUGUCAACCCUGGAACCGGACGAGGAAGUAGAUGAAGGUCCUUAUUUACAAGCUAUGCCGUCGGAUCAAAUCAGAAACCAAUUGACUAAAAUGUCUGCAGCUUUAAUCAAAGCUGUUGCAUACGUCAGUCCAAGUCACAAACAGUCUGCUCGAGCCGAUCAACGCAAGCAGAUAGUGUCAAGUUAUAUGCGUAAUUGUAAGAAGGAACACAGUCGAAUACUUGCUAGGAGGCAGAUCAUUGAAGACAGAAAAGAGCACCUUGAAAGUCUAAAUACACAAAGAGAAAAGCAGGAGCAAGACUUACUAGAACAGCAAAAACGUGUUGCCGUGGAAGCAGAGAAACGUAGACUUGAGAAAGAAGCUGAGGAGAGAGAACAUAGACGAAGAAAAGAGGAACAUAAAAUCAUUCAACAGAAGCAGACUUUAGAGCGAAUUGAGAAUUUGAAAAAGACUGCUAUUGGUGCUCGUACAUUAAAGAAACUUGACUUAGAUGAAUUGAAAGAGAUGGAUGCAGAUGAAAUCAUGGCUAAACAAGUUGAGCAGUUGGAGCAAGAGAAAAAAGAACUGCAAACGCGAUUGAAAGCACAGGAAAAAAGGAUUGAUUACUUUGCCCGUGCACAGCGACUUGAAGAGAUCCCGCUUCUUAAAAAAGAUUAUGAAGAGUUUGCCUUGAUGGACAGAGAAACCUGGGAUAAUGAAGAAGAGAAGAGAAUCCAGAAUUUGAAAGAAGAGCGGGAAAUGUCCAAGUUGGAGCGAAAUCGUUUGGCCUUUAUGGCAGUUGAUAAAGACGAAUUCCUAAAUGGUUUGACCCAAGCCAGAAUGUCUGUCUAUAAGGAAAAACUAGAAAACUUCAAGACUAUGUACGAGGAAGAAAGGAAAGUACGACUGGAAGAGCGGAAAGACAGGCGUAAAGAAGAACGCCGACAGAAGUGGUUAAAAGAAAAGGAAGAGGAGGAGCAGCGUAAACGUGAUGAGGAAAUGAAAAGAGAAAGGGAACGAGAAGAAGAGGAGAAACGAGCCAAACAGGAGGAAGAAGAGGAAGAAUACAGAGACAGACUUGCUAAAUUGGAGGAACAAGCUGCUAAACAGAGAGCAAGAGAGAAAGAAAUUGAAGAAAGACUGGCCAGAAGAGAAAUGACUUCCAGAGAUAGGUCUGAACCAGAAAGACGAGAUGCUGGUUGGAGACAUGAAGAACGAAAAGAUGAUGAUUCUGGCCCAUGGAGAGCUCCAGUGCCAAGUGAACCUGCUAGCGACCGACCAACUCGGGCCUGGAAACCUCCAUCCAGGGAUGGUGGAGGAUGGAGAGCCAGAGAAAUGGACAGGGCUGGUGUACAGAGGAGGGAUGCAAGAUCUCCUCCUUUUCAAGAUAGGCCUUCCCUGGAUGAUGCACCAGCUCGUGACAGGCUACCAGCUCGUGAUGAGAGAUACAGUGAUAUAAGACGAGAAGAUGGACCUUGGAGAGGGCGGGACGACCUUGACAGACGUGGCCCUCCACCUGAAGAUAGAGACAAAGCUUGGGCACGUAAGGACGAUCGUGAUAGAUCUGGUCCAGCCUUAGACAGAGAAAGUGAUUGGCGACGAGGACCUCCACCUGAUGACCGUGAUAGACGACCCCCGCUUGAUGACCGUGAUAGACGAGGACCUCCGUUUGAUGAUCGCGAUAGACGGGGACCUGAUGCAUGGAGACGUGAUGAUCGUGGUUCUCCCAGCAGAGGUCCACCCCCAAGAGAUGACAGAGGACCCUGGAGAGGAUCUUCCAGAGAUGAUAGCGGACCUGCCUGGCGUCGAGAAGAACGUGAUAGGGGCCCACCUGUGAAAGAAGAUCGCUAUAUUCCACCACGUGGAGAUGAAGAGCGAGAUUGGCGUAGAGAUGACCGUGGACCUAUAAGAGAUGAUAGAGAUCGUGAACCUCCAAAUGCUUGGAGGCGCGACCGCGGCCCUCUUGUACGCGGUGACAGAGACAGGCCACCGAUGCGUGAUGACAGAGACAGGCCACCAAUACGUGAUGACAGAGACAGGCCACCAAUACGUGAUGACAGAGACAGGCCACCAAUACGUGAUGACAGAGACAGGCCACCGAUGCGUGAUGACCGAGACAGGCCACCACUGCGAGGUGAUAGGGACAUUCGUGGCCCACCAGAUGAUCGUUGGCGUGACGGACCCCAAAGAGAAAAUGAAUGGAGACGCGGAGAUGACAGACCAAGUGAUUCUAGACUACCUCCUAGAGAUAAAGGUCCACCACCACGCAGUGACAGAGAUGAGAAAUGGCAAAGAAGUAGAGAAGAACCUGAAAGAAAUAAAGAAGAUGACGGUUGGCAAACUGUUUCUAGGCGCUAAUCUCAAGUUGGCAGUGAUAAAUUCUUUGGAUACUAAAAGUAAAAAAAAAAUUAGAAAAUUAAAAAAAGAAAUUACUAUUGAAUUGAUAUGGUGUUUGCUUUUCCAUUCUUCUAGUGUCUGUACUUCUGUGACCCCGAGUCUUCUUGUAUAUCUAAUUAUGUCGCAGUGAAUUUGGAAAUUUCGGGAAGAUGUGUAAUACUCUGUGGUGGACACAGAUCUCGCAAAAUGCAUAAACUAACUAGACUUUCAGCUUUAAACUUAACAUGAUCUUAAUUUGUAUAUUUUCACCCACCAGCUGUGUGAUAAACACGAAAAUCUAAGAUCAAAAUCUGUAAGCAGAUCUGUAAGUUAUGUCCCGUCAGUUUGGUUCCAAAUUUACUUGAUUUUACAUACAUGGUUUAAAUUGACUGUUUAAAUUGACAACAUAGUAUCUUAUGUAAUGUAACUAUAUUUUAAUUAUUCAGUAUUGGCUUACAAAUCAAAAACGUUGGAAAAUGACCAGGUGAUCUAACCGCAAGGAACUCUGGGAAGGAGAAUGGGUAACUGUGUCAGUAACCGGACGAACCGCAGACAGACACAGCGUGACUUAUAAUUGAGUUGCCAUUGGGAUGUUUUGGGUACACAUGUCUCUGCAACUCUUUGCAACUAGUUUGUUGGCCCCACAAAGAUGACAGAGUGUUAGAUCCUAUGUGCACCUUGUUCCAUCUCCAAGUAAUAUGCAAAUUGCAGCUCAUUAAUUAGCAAUUUUAACUUCACGGGACACGAGUAGUUUUUUCAUGAUCACUCUAAAUUUUCACUACUCUAUUUUGUAUCUCCGGCAAGUCUCUAACUCAUACCCAUAAUCCUUGAUAGGUGAUGUGGCUUGCAUGUACAAUAGUCUGUACCUACUUGUUCAAGCUUCUUGUAAGAGAGAAAAAUGUGCAUUUUCAGAUAUUGGGAAAAUUGACUAGAGAAUUUGAGACAACCAAAAUACUGAGUAUCUUGGGUAGGUUGUUCAAUGAUCAUUUAUGUAAAGUAAAUUUUCUCUGUAAAUAUGCAUCUAUGAUAUGAUUGGUAUAUUCACAAAUAUAUAUUUUACUUUACAUAUUUGGUGUGGUUUAUCUUCAUUGUAAGGUCUGUUUUACAAUAUACACCAUACUACAGCAUUUCUUUUUGCAUUGACCAGUGAUAGAAAACAAGAUUUAAUGCGAUGUAAUGACACAAUUAAUAUGACAUCAUACUAUGUCAGAGUGUAAUAAAAGUAUUCCCAGUCAAAAUA